GCCGAGCCCGGGAGCGGGGCGGCGGGGGAAGCUCGGGCUGCGCUCGCCGGGAACAAAAGGCUCCCUCUUGCCCGCGGAGAAACGUGUCCCGGCUUUGGGGCUCCGGAGCAACAUGCCUCCCCGUAAGGAGCCCGGCUGUUCCUGGGGGGUCCUCCUGACCCUUUGCAGCCUGAGCGCAGCCCAGCCCCGAGAGAGGCAGGGCUAUUUGAUUGCGGCACCUUCUGUUUUCCGAUCUGGUGUUGAGGAAGCUAUAAGCGUAACCAUCUUUAACUCUGUCAAGGAGACAACAGUCCAGAUUCAGUUAGUAGUCAAAGGAGAAACUGUGUCGCGAGGCCACGGAACAGUUUUGGAUAAAGGAACAAUUAAACUGAAGGUGCCUUCAGGACUUCGUGGACAAGCACAUCUAAAAGUCUGGGGCAACCGACAUCUGGCAGAGGAAGGCUACAUUUUUCACAACUAUACCACAGUAACCAUUGAUAGCAAAGGAUCAUCAGUGUUCAUCCAGACUGAUAAACCUGUCUAUAAACCUAAGCAGAAAGUGUUGAUAAACCUCUUUAUGGUGACUUCUGACUUGAGACCAGUCAAUGACAGGAUUGAAGCUUAUGUGGUGGAUCCUCGGGGGUCUCGUAUGAUAGAGUGGAGCAAUUUGAAGCCGUUUUGUUGUGGUAUUGUAAAUAUGACUUUUCCUUUGUCUGAUCAGCCAGUAUUUGGUGAAUGGCUCAUCUUUGCUGAAAUGCAGGGGCACACAUACAACAAAUCCUUUGAAGUUCAGAAAUAUGUAUUACCAAAGUUUGAGUUGCUGAUUGACCCCCCUCGCUACAUUCGUGACCUUUCACUCUGUGAAAAAGGAACUGUCCAUGCCAGAUACACAUUUGGAAAACCAGUGACAGGAAAGUUAAUUGUCAAUAUGACUAUAAAUGGCGUAGGGUACUACAGGCAUGAAGUGGGACACCCUGUCCUCAAGACCACGCAGAUUGAUGGCUCUGCUGUUUUCGAUGUGUGUGUGAAAGACAUGAUGCCAGCUGAUGUUCCGGAACAUUUUCGAGGCACAGUCAAUAUCUGGGCCACAGUGAUCAGCUCUGAUGGGAGCAAGCAAGUUACAUUUGACGACUCAACACCUGUGCAGAAACAGCUGAUUGAUAUCAAAUACUCCAAGGAUACCAGAAAACAGUUCAAACCUGGACUCCCCUACAAAGGAAAGGUAGAAGUCACUUACCCUGAUGGAAGUCCAGCUGACAGAGUCACUAUCCGAAUUAAAGCUGAACUCACACCAAAGGACAACGUUUAUACAAGUGAACUGGUAUCAAGAAAUGGCCUCGUGGAGUUUGAAAUCCCCUCCAUCCCUACAGCUGCCCAAUAUGUCUGGCUGGAGACCAAAGUGACAGCGAUUGAUGGGAAACCGUCUGGGGAUCAAUAUCUGCCAAACUACUUGUCCAUCAGUAGCUGGUACUCGCCCAGCAAGUGUCACAUCCAGCUCCAGGCACCAGAUAAACCUUUGCAGGUAGGAGAGGAGGCUUGGAUUGCAGUGAAGUCCACAUGUCCUUGCAACUUCACUCUACAUUAUGAAGUGGCAUCGCGAGGCAACAUUGUCCUUUCAGGACUGCAGCCCAGUAACGUCACCCAGCAGAGGAGCAAAAGAGCCACCUUUCCCUUUGAGAAGAACAUUGAUAUCACACGCUUCCCAGGAACAGCACCUACCAGUAUCCCUGCAGCAGAGGUCGAAGUCUGUAUGACAUUCCUCCGUUUCUCAGUAGUUCACAACAUGGCUCCCUUGGGCCGUCUGCUGGUGUAUUACGUCAGGGAGAAUGGAGAAGGGGUCACGGACAGCCUGCAGUUCACUGUGAAGUCCUCCUUUGAAAAUCAGGUUGCAGUGGCGCUCUCAGCAAAUGAGACCAGACCUGGUGAUGUUGUGAAUAUCAAGGUCAGAGCUGCAAAAUCAAGCUGUGUCUGCAUUGCCACUGUGGAUAAGAGUGUCUACUUGCUGAAGACAGGUUUUCAGCUGACAGCCAGUCAGGUUUUUCAAGAGCUUGCAGAGUAUGAUGUAUCUGAUGCUUUUGGAGCUCCGAAGGAAGAAGGGCACUUCUGGUGGCCAGGCAUGUCCUCACAUAGACGCCGUAGAUCUUCUGUCUUUCCCUGGCACUGGGACAUCACCAAGGAUGCUCGCUUCGCGUUUACAGAAACUGGCUUGGUUGUAAUGACUGAUAUAGUCAGCUUAAACCACAGACAGAAUGGAGGCAUGUACACAGAUGAGGCUGUCCCAGCUUUUCAGCCGCAUACUGGGACGUUGGUGGCUACAAUGCAUUCUAAAAUAGCACCAAGCAGAGCAGAGAAGAGAAAAAGAACCUUCUUUCCUGAAACAUGGAUUUGGCAUUGCCUCAAUGUCAGUAACAUAUCGGGAGAAGCACAGCUGCACGUGGAAGUGCCAGACUCCAUCACUACCUGGAUAACCGAAGCUGUGGGUCUGUCUGAAGAGAAGGGGUUGGGCAUUGCCAGUCAAACAGAACUGAAGACAUUUAAACCUUUCUUCAUUGAUUUCACCUUGCCAUACCAUGUCAUCCGGGGAGAACAGACCAAAAUCCCACUGACUGUCUACAAUUACUUAGCUGUCUGUGUAGAGGUCCAUGUGAAGAUUUCUGUUCCAAAAGGCAUAAAGUUUGUUGGGCAUCCUGGGAAACAUCAUCUGACAAGAAAGAAGUGCGUUGCCCCUGGGGAAGCUAAACCCACCUCUAUCGUUUUGUCCUUCAAUGAGCUUGGACUGAGCAACAUCACUGCAAAAGCUUUUGCUUAUGGUGGAACUAAUUGCUGUCAGGAUGAGAUGCAGACCUUAAAGAAUGGCAAGCACUCAGAGGACAAUUAUAUGGACAAAAGGACCCCAGUGGGAGUGGAUUAUGUUCGCAGUAGUGUUAUUAUUGAGCCAGAGGGACUGUCCAGAGAAUACACCUAUAGUGUGUUCUUCUGCCCAAAUGAGAAAAUACACAUUUCUACACCUAACAAAUAUGAGUACCAAUACAUGCAGAAACCUGCCCAGAUGACACACUUUGACAUUGCUGUGAAAGCACACAAUGAUGCUCACCUGGCCUUGUCCUCUGGUCCACAUGACAUGGCAGAGAUGACCGAGAUUGUUAUUGGUGGACAUCAAAAUACUAAAACGUGGAUUUCCAUAAGCAAAAUGGGUGAGCCAGUGGCCAGCAGAGACACAGCUGGUAUCCUCUCCUGGGAUGAAUUCCGCAGCUUCUGGAUCAGCUGGAAAAAUGGAAUUAUCCAGGUUGGCCAUGGUACUCGGGUGCUAAAUGAGUCUAUUAUUGUGGAGUGGACAGUCCCCAAACAGCUUGAGGUGAAGUACAUUGGCUUUUCCACAGGCUGGGGGUCAAUGGGAGAGUUUAAAAUUUGGAGAAAAGAAGAGACUGAUGAAAAUCACAAUGAAGCAUUUACUCUUGGAGUUCCCCACAACAUAAUUCCAGGAUCAGAAAGAGCUACGGCUUCAAUAAUAGGAGAUGUGAUGGGUCCUACAUUGAACAACUUGGACAAUCUUUUGCGAUUACCAUUUGGAUGUGGGGAGCAGAACAUGAUCCAUUUUGCUCCUAAUGUUUUUGUCCUGAAAUAUCUGCAGAAAACCAAACAACUCAGUCAUGAGGUGGAGAGUGAAGCUACUGAUUACCUUGUUCAAGGCUACCAGCGCCAGCUGACCUACAAGAGACAAGAUGGUUCAUACAGUGCUUUUGGCGAGAGGGAUUCCUCGGGGAGUAUGUGGCUAACAGCUUUUGUCCUCAAGUCCUUUGCACAGUCUCGUGGGUUUAUUUUCAUUGACCCGAAAGAACUAACAGCUGCCAAAGACUGGAUCAUCCAGCAUCAGAAAGAAGAUGGUUCUUUUCCUGCUAUGGGCAGGAUACUAAAUAAGGACAUUCAGGGUGGAAUCCAUGGUAAGAUCUCCCUGACAGCUUAUGUGGUUGCAUCUCUUCUGGAAACAGGUGUAACUUCUCAGGAAGAAAGAACGGCUGUUGACAAAGCAAAACACUUCUUAGAGUCCAACUUGUAUUCAGCAGAAGACCCCUACACUACUGCCUUGAUUGCAUAUGCCCUGACACUGCUACACAGUCCUUCUGCUGCUGUGACGCUGCGGAAAAUGAACAGCAUGGCUAUUACACAAGAUGGCUUUACACACUGGAGCUUGACGGGAACUCUUGUUACUGAUGAAGAUACCUUCAUGGGAUUUAAUGAUGGUCUCUCUCAGUCAGUUGUUUCUGCAGAAGUGGAAAUGACAUCUUAUGCCCUUUUGACGUACACACUCCUAGGAGAUGUGGCCUCUGCGCUCCCAGUAGUAAAAUGGCUUUCACAGCAAAGGAACGCACUUGGAGGAUUCUCAUCUACUCAGGACACAUGUGUAGCCCUGCAGGCUCUGGCUGAAUAUGCUAUCCUUUCUUACGUUGGAGGAGUCAACCUUACCAUUUCCUUGGCUUCUACUAAUCUAGACUACCAGGAGACAUUUGAGCUUAACAAGAUGAAUAAAAAAGUCCUCCAGACUGCAGUGAUCCCCAGUAUUCCAACGGGGCUGUUUGUGAGUGCCAAAGGUGAAGGCUGCUGUCUGAUGCAGAUUGAUGUCACUUACAAUGUACCUGAUCCUAUUGCCAAACCAGCUUUCCAGCUCCUGGUUAACCUGAAGGAGCCAAAGUCAGAGCAGCAUCUUCAAGCUCCAAAUCUCCUGCGGUCUGUCUCUCCAGAUGAGAAUCGCUCUGAAGCCUUGCACAGAGAGAGGGCACUGGUGGAUGAUGAUGACCCAGCUUCAGAUCAGGACCAUCGGGAAUACAAAGUCAUACUGGAGACAUGCACUAGAUGGCUGCACUCUGGAUCUUCUAACAUGGCUGUCUUGGAAGUGCCAUUGUUCUCAGGGUUUCGUGCAGAUAUUGAGAGCCUAGAGCAGUUAUUGAUGAACAAGCAAAUUGGAUUAAAAAGAUAUGAAGUGGAUGGAAGAAAAGUCCUUUUUUAUUUUGAUGAGAUUCCUAGCCAGUGCAUGACCUGUGUAAAGUUUCAAGCUUUCAGAGAGCAUAUAGUUGGGAAAACAGCUCCUGUUCCUAUCAAAGUGUAUGAUUACUAUGAGCCAGCUUUUGAAGCAACUCGUUUCUACAACGUCAGUGAAAACAGUCCCUUGGCUCGGGAGCUCUGUGAUGGUCCAACGUGCAAUGAAGUGGAAAGCUCAGCUAGCCAAUGGGUUGGCUUUGUUCAUUCUGGACCAUGCAAUAACAUUUUUGGCUGCUUGGAGGAUGAGUAUUUCGAGCAGUGUAUGUGUUCGCGAGACUGUGGCUAUGAUGGGGAGCCUGUAUGUGGAUCAGAUGGACAGAUUUACCCAAAUCAUUGCCAGAUGGAAGUAGCAUCGUGCAGGAAUAAUACAAGGAUAGAACAGAUGCCCAUGUCUCAAUGUUCUGCCUCCAAGAAUUUGCCAGAAGAAAGGGAGACACAAUCCCACACAGCUGAGCAACCCAGUGUUCAACAAACACCAGCAGCAGAGGAAGGCCCUCCACUACAGACAGAUCUGUCAUACUACUCCUAUGAAUAUGACCCAGACCCCUAUGCGUCGGAAGCUGACGUUUUUGAGAUUGUGGCAGAACUGACAACAGCAAGCACAUUAAAAGAAAUGGACAAGAUUCAGGAAGUAGUGACCACAGUAGAAUGAAAUAUAUAAUUUAAAUAAAGAGAAGAGGCUCAGAAUCAACUCCUGUAUGAGUUUGUUCCUACAGACGACCUGCUGCAGAACAGAAACCGAAUGAUGACUACUUCCUGAUGCACUCAGAACUGUAGGCUUUGUUGCCCCAUGGGGGGGGAUCUGGAGCGCUAAGGGGGACACUCAGCGUUAUUUUUCUGUCAAUUUUCCUGCCUUUUGUGCAUCCUCUUUGGAGUACUUCCAAGGAUGGGAGACCAAUAUGCUGUGCCCUCUAGGUGAGAAAAAUAGGGGCUGGAAUUCAAACCUAUAGACCACUUCAAAGUGUUUUCUCUGCUAUCAGAAUAUUGCAAAUGCCAUUUCCUAGCUACAUUUAGAAGCUAAGGCCAGGCCUUGUACUUAGCUGAACGGCUGUUUGAGGAAAGAUGGCUGAGAAGUUUUCUCUCAAAUUAUAAUAAUAAAAAUCAGUGUGUUUUGCUAAUUACGACAUAGCAAGAGGCUAAUCAUCUUCCCUAGCCCAUAAGUCUACUGCACCCAUGACAAAGUCCCACAAGAGAAAAACUUCCCUAGUGGCUCCAUGUUCAGGAAAGUUGUUGGGAGGUACAUUUCACAAGAGAAAACUGUAAUCCACUGUCGGGCCUGAAAGGCUUGACUGUCUACCAUGUGGCUGCAGGCUUCAGGUGGGGAGUUUGCCAGCCAUAGCAGUGACAAGGAUUAGGUGGGUGAACCCUCUUCAUGUUGCACUAUGUGCUGAUAAGAGCUGCUUGCAGCCUUCUCAGCCCCUUUCCUCCUUGUAACCCCGGCAUGAAAAUAAAGCUGACCCAAGGUGCAGUCCUUUUAAAUGCUUGCCUGACUUCACCAGUCACUUUUAUUCUGCUCCCACUAGGAUCCCCAUACAAUGGUUGCUCUGGAUAGGGUAAUCUAUGCAUAGGGCCUGGGUCUGCUGGCCAGUACAAAUCACUGGUGUCAUGGAGGCUGAACUCCCUUCGACUGACCUGCCCCAAGCAAUGUGGUAAAACUAAAAACAAAAGCUUUGUGUUUCCAAAAGUGCAGGAGCCAAGAUUUUUUGGUUUCCCUUCCCGCCUGGAGCAGCAUUGUUCUCUUUGGAGGAGCUACAUGCAAUUGCCUGUUGCAAAAUAGUGUUAAUAUUUUAUCUUCCCACUUCUAUUGUUACCAGGACCCAGAGUGGGGUGGAAACUCCUUUUGAGGGUGUUUAUUGGUGAAUGGAAACAGGAAAAAGCCCAGCUCCAUUCAUUUUUAGGGCUUGUUUACACAGGAACCAUGACAAGAAUAUAUCCCAGUAUAGACAUUCCAUUCCAGAAUAAAGGCAAUUUUAUUCCAGAAAAAUGUCCACAUGAGGACAAAACGGGAGGUAUCCCAGAAGUUGGGCAUAUGUAGUUUCCAGUCCUUUUUGUCUGGGGCCAGAUAUCUGCAGAAUGUAGUUGACAUGAUGAAGGUCUGGGUCUUGAAGUUCCCAGAAAUUUCAGAACUGCUUUGCUGGCAAGUUCCCAAGCCUUCCUUCAUGGCUGCCCUGAGCUUUCCUCACAGGAUCUUGACGUGGCUUCUGCCCAUGUGUACCCGCUGCUGCUCAGCAGAGGUUUUGCCACGUGUCUUCAGUGUGCAUGAACAGACCAUGUCCUCACUGUGUCCUCACAGCACAGCGGAAGCACUGGCGGCUGCAUUCCUGUCUGGCAGGUAAAUAAAUGCCUUUAAACUAAAUUCCAUCUCCUGUAAGCAACUGGCCUGGCAGACACUGGCUAUUGUGUACACACACAGGACUGAGUCAAUAUUUAUCCCCUGGGUAAAUAACAGACCUAGUGUCAGCUGCAACAAGAGAGGUUUUUUCUUUUCUAAAUAUCAAAGCUGCACAAUACAAACCCUGCUGUUUGCUGGUUCCAGCCUCAGCUGUUUAAUGCUUUGAGUCUGGGAGAAUGAGACAUUUAGUCACCCUGAUAAUGUCUGUGUGACUAGCUUCCCGCAGAAGAUGGGACCUAUGUUCUGGAUUCUUGAUUUUCCUGUCCUCUGUCCCUUUCUGGCUUUAGUUUCCUUAUCUCAUCCAUUGUGUGCUUCUGGAUAGAUAUUUGAAGUAAUUUUAUAUUGCUUGGUCCUCUCAUAGGUCCUUGGGCAGUCAGACAGCAUCACCAGUGGGGACAAGGAGAUGUAGGUAGGGAGUUUCAGCCAAGUAUUAAACCUGACUUUCUUCACUUUCCUCAGGCUCUGGUACAUGCAAUGUACUAAUUCAAGAUGCAGACUUCUCCCCAUGGCUGCCAGCUAAAUAAUUCCUUUUGGUGGUGCCAGCCCAUCAAUCACGUCCUUGUUCCAUGGGGUCUCUGUGUGCCAGUGCACUCACCUGUUUGAGGCAGAGGAGCCUUGCUUCUGUUUUACAACUAGAAGAAAAGCCAGGGAGACCUGAACCCUCAGAAGGCAAAGGCAGAGCAGCCUUAGCAUCCUUAAACAGAGAUGGUUAGAACAGGACAGUGCGUGUGAGGUAACGUGCCAGGGUUUCUGGAUCCUGGAGCGGGAAUUCACCUUUAGUGUUUCUUCACAGCUUUGGCACUUUCAGGGAAAUCACUAGUCCAUCUGCUUUUGGCAACCUCUGCCUCCCCCAGUCUUGCCACACCAAACCAGCUCCUUUCUGUAGUUAAAACAAAAAGUAAUUUUAUUUAAGGAAUUGAAUAAAGGAACCUGCAAUUACACAGUUGUGGUUGCCAUUUCUCCCCUAUCACAGGAGUAAAGGAGCAGGUCUCUGCCUUCUUUUCCACCCCAGCUGAUGGUCCCUCUGUCCAUAGCUUUUCCCUGGCCCAGAUUUGUUGUUCAUGUUUCUUGUAAUCAUCAUUAAUUCUUAUCUAGGAAAAAAAAAUUUCCUAGAUUAUUUUUCCUCCAUUCAUCAACAUCCUACUUGGAAUACAGAAACUCUUUAGGGCUAGGUCCAUGAGAAGCACUGGACACAGCAUAGCCUUAUCAGACUCAAUGUUAUUUGUAGGCUUUGGCCCAGUUCUGACUCUGAAGCUUAUCAGUCACGCUCCCAUCCCUGAGAACACAAGGACAUCUCAGCACUGGAAACUCAGGCUCCAAGUUUGUGAAGACCAGCCAGUCAUAGUCUGGAGAGAAGGGAUUAAUUUUUUUCACCAAGGAAGAGACCAACUUGGUGGUGGAAAGCCAGCAAGGACAGCAGACCUGCUGCUGCUUUGGGCUUUGAAUUGUUUUGGCUUAGAGACAUUUGCCUCCCUCUGUCAGAGAGAUGUUUCUCCUUUCUUUUUUGUGAUGAUCCCUCACUGCAAAAUAAGAAAAGUGCUAGUGGGUUUGUAAGACACAGAAAUUCCUACUUACAUCAAGUUAUGUUACUGAAUAGCUGCAGCAGUGCUAGUUAUCAGUGAUUUUUGCUUGCAGUCCUUUCAAUGAAAUUAAUAUUUAUAUAUUUGUAACUGUACAUUAUGCAGAGUAAUCAUUACCGUGGUAUUUAUUUUAAAGCAAUAGUUCCCUUGUUCUUUCUUGUCCAAGUGUUUUGGUUUUGCCUCUUUCCCUCCUUCUUAAUCAGCCUCAAUAGAAAACAAAUACCAGAAGAAUGUUCAGCUUGCUUGAAGAAUGUCAUUGAAACAACAGUACUUGCUUUGCUGAUGUCGACUAUUGACAUUUAAUGCACAAUAACCUGGUUUUCAUUAUUGUGAAUAGAUCAUCUAUUUAGAAAAUCUCAGCUCAGUUUGGGUUUUGGGGUUGGGGUUUGUGGGUUUUUUUUGUUUGUUUUUUUUUGUUGUUUUUUUUUUUAGUACUUGCUAUUUCUGACUGAGUGGCAAUAGCCCUGCCUACACCAGGUCUCCUGUGUUCAGUAGCUGGCACAUCCUCUGCACGUGCAGUACUGCAGCCACAGGAGAUAGGCUCUAGUUUUUCACCUGCAUUUCACCCCUGCACAUACAUGUACAUGCAAACAGUUCUAUGACCAUUUUUGUUUUGUUCACACAAAUCUUAGCAAGUCUGAGUCCAGAAAAGGGUUUGUUUUAGAUUCUGAUAAAUAUUUUAUUAAAAACUGAUUUUAAGACUA